AAACACUCGGCAGAGCGUGGUGUGAGUUUACCUCGGAGCCAACAGGCGGACUGUCCCGGUGAACAGUCUGACAUAACUAACGGACGGACAGACAGAGGCGGGGUCCGGUGAGCUGAGAGCAGCGGUACCGUGCUUACUCCUCUAACCCCGGCGGGGUUCACCGCGCGGGGUCGGAACUGUGCCCGUCCUCAGUCUCUUCUUCCCCCGACAGCUCCGCAGCCUCACACGGUGUCUCUGUGCCACCACUUCGCUCCGUCCUCUCUUUGUACGUGCGUGCGUGCGUGUGUGUGUGUGCCGGCAUUUGCAGCAGUGUUUGAUGUGAGUGCGUUACAUACAUACACACGCGCGCGCGCACACACACGCACUCACUCAGGCUGACUGUGGAGUGUAGAUUGACAGCACUGCCGACUUGUGCAGAUGCUCUGGCCCUGAUGGCGGAUUGAUUUUGGACCGGUUUUCUUCCCUUGGAUUAGGAGAUGGAGUGAGUCAAAUCAGAGGAAGUGACACACUUGACUUCUACAGACACGAUAACAAGAUGCUGCAGGGACCAGACGAGGGACUGAGCCCGACCUGAACAACCCUUCCCCCUCUCCCCCUUUCCUCUCCUCUCCCCUCCCUCACCCCACCCCCACAACCCCCCAGAGCCCGCAGCGCUGCCAUCCCACCAUGAACCUGCUGUGCCGUGGACGCCUGAAGCUGCUGGUGGUGUCACUCACAGCGGUCGUCCUGCUCACCUGGCUCUACCUGCUCGCUGGAAACCUGGAGAAUGGUCGCUCCCUCCUCCUGGCUCCCUGCGUCGCCGACACCCCGGCAGCCCAGGUCCUAGAGCGUGCCGUUCUGGAGUCCCGAGUCCGAGAAGUGGAAGAGGAGAACCGGCAGAUCCGGCUGCAGCUCAGCCAGUCACAGGGCAUCGCCGCUGCCCAGCAGCCCGAAGGGAACUAUGGCAACCAGCAGUGGGGAGCGUCUGCAGACACGGGUCCUGAGGAUGGGGACAACACAGCAGAAGAGAAGACCAAUCGCACAGAGUGUCCCAGAUUGCCAACCGUCCAGAAGUGUGAGCUGAUACACGUGGCGUGCGUUUGUGCUGGUCACAACGCCAGUAGAGACGUGGUCACACUGGUCAAGUCCAUCCUCUUUCACAGGAGAAAUCCACUUCACUUCCAUUUCAUCACCGACACAGUAGCCAAUCGUAUCCUGAGUUCUCUGUUCCAGUCCUGGAUGGUCCCGUCCGUGCAAGUCAGCUUCUAUGAUGCAGAUGAACUCAAGUCUGAGGUGUCGUGGAUACCCAACAAACACUACUCAGGUAUUUAUGGCUUGAUGAAGCUGACGUUAACCAAAGCUUUGCCCUCCGACCUGUCCAACGUCAUCGUCCUAGACACGGACAUCACCUUCGCCACUGACAUCGCUGAGCUCUGGGGCAUUUUUAGGAAAUUUACAGAUAAGCAGGUGAUUGGUCUGGUGGAGAACCAGAGUGACUGGUAUCUGGGGAACUUGUGGAAAAACCACAAACCCUGGCCUGCACUGGGACGCGGCUUCAACACAGGCGUCAUUCUCCUCUACUUGGAGCGGCUGCGGCGAAUCGGUUGGGAGCAGAUGUGGCGGCUGACGGCAGAAAGGGAGCUCAUGAGCAUGCUCAGUACGUCGCUUGCAGAUCAGGACAUCUUCAAUGCCUUUAUCAAGCAGAACCCGGUGCUGGUGCAUCAGCUGCCCUGCUUCUGGAACGUCCAGCUGUCGGAUCACACUCGCUCUGAGCAGUGCUACACUGAGGUGUCUGACCUUAAGGUGAUCCACUGGAACUCUCCGAAGAAGCUGCGCGUGAAGAACAAACACGUCGAGUUCUUCAGGAACCUCUACCUGACCUUUUUAGAGUAUGAUGGGAACCUGCUGAGACGGGAGCUGUUUGGCUGCCCGAGUCAGGCUGGCUCCAAGAGCAUCCAGCUGCAAACGGCUCUGGAGGAGCUGGAUGAGGACGAUCAGUGUUACGACUUCCGUCGGGAGCGGCUCACUAUUCACCGCGUGCACCUCUACUUCCUGCAAUACCAGUACACACCUACAGAGGAUGACACUGACAUCACACUGGUGGCACAGCUCUCCAUGGACAGGCUGCAGAUGCUGGAGGCCAUCUGUAAGCACUGGGAGGGCCCCAUCAGCCUGGCGCUCUACAUGUCUGACGCUGAGGCUCAGCAGUUCCUGCGCUACGCUCAGUCGUCCGAGGUCCUCAAGAACCGCAAGAACAUCGGCUACCACAUUGUCUACAAGGAGGGACAAUUCUACCCAGUCAACCUGGUUAGGAACAUCGCCCUAAAAAACGCCAACACGCCGUAUGUGUUCCUGACUGAUGUGGAUUUCCUGCCAAUGUACGGUCUCUAUGAUUACCUCAGAAAGUCUGUGGUGCAGCUCGAUAUGGCUCACACUAAAAAGGCUCUCGUGGUUCCAGCUUUCGAGACACUUCGUUACCGUCUCUCCUUCCCCAAAUCCAAAGCUGAGUUGCUCUCCAUGCUGGACAUGGGGACCCUCUACACCUUCAGGUAUCAUGUGUGGCCCAAGGGUCACGCUCCUACCAACUAUGCCAAAUGGCGAACAGCCACCACCCCCUAUAAGGUGGAGUGGGAGUCGGACUUUGAACCAUAUGUUGUGGUGAGACGAGACUGCCCGGAAUAUGACCAGCGAUUCGUGGGCUUUGGCUGGAACAAGGUGUCCCAUAUCAUGGAGCUGGAUGCACAGGAGUUUGAUCUGAUGGUCCUCCCCAAUGCUUUCAUGAUCCACAUGCCGCAUGCUCCCAGCUUUGACAUCUCCAAAUUUCGCUCCAGCUCCAGCUACCGCAACUGUCUGAACACCCUGAAGGACGAGUUUCACCAAGACCUGUCUAGGAAGUACGGCGCGGCUGCUCUCAAGUACCUCACCGCUCAGAGGAACAUUUAAAAGCUGCCGAGUAAGGCUUCCAUUGACGCCUCCCUUAGCGCUGGACCAAUGAGCUGCAGUACAGGAGGUCUGGCUCAUACUGACACAGCUCUGCGUGGCAGGCCAUAAUGAUGCAGAGAUGAGAACUUUGACAUGACGAAGGGGAAGAUAGACUUUCUAAAUGUAGAACUUACCAGAUUGAGAGGACAAGAGUGGAGUGUGGGUUCUGACUGGACAAGCUUUAUAGCCGGAAAAUAACCUUAUUCUUACAAUUUGUUCUGACAAUCAGGGCUUUUUCCAGAAGACAUAAACCUGUCCUUCCAUGGGGACAUAUGGACAUUCAACU